ACGGACUCCGCUGCUGAUGCUGAUGCUGCUGCUGAUGCUGAUGCGCUGCUGAUGCUGCCGCUGCUGAUGCCGUAUCUCUAUCUCGCAUCCCGCACGACUUGGCUUGUGGCCGCUUCCCCACCUCGCCGCCGCCUCCACCCCUUCCCACCGAUGCUGACACGCACUCCCCCUCUGGGCGGUGAGCGGGGCUUGGGCGCAGGGGCUUGAGUGACACAUGCUGCGGUAGCCUCCCGCUGAAUGGCCGUGGAUUAGCUCUAUGCUAGUAUCGAGCGGAGAGCGGAGCCAGCGGAGGCUUCUUUGCAGCCAUGGCUGAAGGUGGAGAAGGAGAGGAUGAGAUCCAGUUCCUCAGAACUGAUGAUGAAGUGGUGCUCCAGUGCGUGGCCUGCAUCCAGAAGGAGAAUCGCAAGUUCUGCCUGGCGGCGGAGGGACUUGGCAACCGGCUGUGUUACCUGGAGCCCACGUCUGAGGCCAAGUAUGUUCCUCCAGACCUGUGCAUCUGCAGCUUUGUGCUGGAACAGUCUCUGUCGGUGCGGGCUCUGCAGGAGAUGCUGGCCAAGAGCGGGCAGAACAGCGAAGGGAGGCUCAUUAGAAAGGCGGCGCAGAGCGGCGGUCACAGGACUCUUCUGUACGGACACGCCAUCCUCCUGCGCCACUCCUUCAGCUCCAUGUACCUGGCGUGUCUGAAGACGUCCAGGUCCCAGACGGAUAAGCUGUCCUUUGAUGUGGGACUGCAGGAGGACUCAACAGGCGAGGCCUGCUGGUGGACGAUCCAUCCGGCCUCCAAACAGAGAUCAGAGGGGGAGAAGGUUCGCAUUGGUGAUGACCUCAUCCUGGUCAGUGUGUCCUCAGAGCGAUACCUGCACUUAUCCAUCUCCAACGGCAACAUCCAGGUGGAUGCCUCCUUCAUGCAGACCCUGUGGAACGUUCAUCCCAUCUGCUCCGGCAGCAACAUCGAGGAAGGAUACCUGUUGGGUGGUCAUGUGAUGCGGCUGUUCCAUGGACACGAUGAGGUGGUGACCAUCCCAGGAUCGGAUCAGAGUGAAGAGCAGCAGAGGAUAGUCAACUAUGAGACGGGCAAAGCCGGAGCCAAAGCCAGGUCCUUGUGGAGGCUGGAGCCGCUGCGUAUCAGCUGGAGCGGAAGCCACAUUCGCUGGGGUCAGCCCUUCAGACUGCGCCACCUGACCACGGGCCACUACCUGGCCCUGACGGAGGACAGGGGGCUGGUCCUGCAGGACCGGGAGAGGUCGGACACCGCGGCCACAGCCUUCUGCUUCAGGGCCUCGAAGGAGAAGCUGGAGCAGAGCCCCAAGCGGGACAUCGAGGGGAUGGGGGUGGCGGAGAUCAAGUACGGGGACUCGCUCUGCUUCGUCAUGCACGUGGCCACUGGGCUGUGGCUCUCCUACCAGGCGCCUGACAUCAAAUCCGCCCGUCUGGGUCCCCUCAAGAGACGAGCGUGCCUGCACUCUGAAGGUCACAUGGACGACGGGCUGACGCUGCAGCGCUGUCAGCACGAGGAGUCCCGCGCUGCACGCAUCAUCCGCAACACCAUGCUGCUCUUCCACCGGUUCAUCAGAGACCUGGACUGUCUGGGAGUUAAGAACAGGGCUCUGGUCACGCUGCCUGUGGAGGAGGUGCUCCAAACUCUCAAUGACCUCAUCACCUACUUCCAGCUCCCCGACGCGGAGCUGGAGCAUGAAGACAGACAGAUUAAGCUGCGCUCGCUCAAGAAUCGCCAGAACCUAUUCAAACAGGAAGGCAUGUUGACCCUGGUGUCCAGCUGCAUAGACCGCCUCAGCGUCUACAACAGCGCCGCUCACUUCGGGGAAUGUGCCGGCUCGGAGGCGGGAGCAGCUUGGAAGGACAUCCUCAACCUGCUGUACGAGCUCCUGGCGGCGCUAAUCCGAGGAAACAGGAACAACUGCACCCAGUUCUCCAAAAACCUGGACUGGCUGGUCAGCAAGCUGGAGCGGCUGGAGUCGUCUUCAGGCAUCCUGGAGGUUCUGCACUGCAUUCUAAUAGAGAGCCCCGAGGCCCUCAACAUCAUCCAGAGAGGACACAUCAAGUCCAUCAUAUCACUGCUGUACAAGCACGGACGCAACCACAAGAUCCUGGACGUGCUCUGCUCGCUGUGUGUGUGCAACGGCGUCGCUGUGCGGGCCAACCAGAACCUCAUCUGUGAUCACCUGCUGCCCAAGAGAGACCUGCUGCUGCAAACCCAGCUGGUCAACGACGUGCAGAGCAUGAGGCCCAACAUAUUCCUGGGGGUGAGCGAGGGCUCGGCUCAGUAUAAGAAGUGGUACUACGAGCUGAUGAUCGACCAGGUGGACCACUUCGUAACCAGCGAACCCUCCCACCUGCGGGUGGGCUGGGCCAACAGCAAAGGCUAUGCACCGUACCCCGGGGGGGGGGAGGGCUGGGGCGGCAACGGCGUGGGCGACGACCUCUACUCCUUUGGUUUUGACGGACUUCACCUCUGGUCAGGUCGCGUCCCUCGGGCCGUGGCGUCCCUGAACCAGCACGUCCUGACCUCGGAGGACGUGGUGAGCUGCUGUCUGGACCUCGGCGCUCCCAGCAUCUCCUUUAGGAUCAACGGACAGCCCGUUCAGGGCAUGUUUGAGAACUUCAACACGGACGGGCUGUUUUUCCCUGUUGUCAGCUUCUCGGCAGGGGUCAAGGUGCGCUUCCUGUUGGGCGGUCGACAUGGCGACUUUAAGUUCCUGCCGCCCUCCAGUUACGCUCCGUGCUACGAAGCCCUGCUGCCCAAGGAGAAGAUGAAGGUGGAGCCGGUGAAGGAGUACAAGAGGGACAUGGACGGCGUCCGAGAUCUCCUGGGCACCACUCAGUUCAUGUCACAGGCCUCCUUCAUCCCCACGCCUGUGGAAACCAGCCAGAUCGUGAUGCCGCCUCAUCUGGAGAGGGUUCGGGACAAGCUGGCUGAGAACAUCCAUGAGCUGUGGGGCAUGAACAAGAUCGAGCUGGGCUGGUGCUUUGGCAAGAUAAGGGACGAUAAUAAGCGGCAGCAUCCGUGCCUGGUGGAUUUCUCCAAGCUGCCAGAGACGGAAAAGAACUACAACUUGCAGAUGUCAACAGAAACCCUGAAGACCCUGUUGGCGCUGGGCUGUCGUGUUGUUCAGGUGAAUCCCAACGCUGAAGACGCCCUGAAAAAGAUCAAAUUGCCCAAGAAUUACAUGAUGUCCAACGGUUACAAGCCGUCGCCCUUGGACCUGUCGGACAUCAAGCUGAGUUCAGGCCAGGAGCUGCUGGUGGACAAACUGGCAGAGAAUGCUCACAAUGUGUGGGCCAAGGACCGCAUCAAGCAGGGCUGGACCUACGGCAUCCAGCAGGAUUUGAAGAGUAAACGCAACCCUCGCCUGGUUCCCUACGUUCUGCUGGAUGAGCGCACCAAGAAGUCCAACAGGGACAGCCUGCGCGAGGCCAUCCGGACGCUCAUAGGCUACGGCUACAACAUAGAGCCGUCCGACCAGGAAGGCGGACAAGUGGUGGAGAGGCUCAGCAUCGACAAGAUCCGGUUCUUCAGAGUGGAGCGGACGUACGCGGUGAAGACGGGGAAGUGGUACUUUGAGUUUGAGGCCGUGACGGGAGGGGACAUGCGGGUGGGCUGGGCCCGGCCUGGGUGUAAGCCGGACGUGGAGCUGGGCACAGACAAGCUGGCCUUCGUCUUUGACGGAUACAGGGGCCACUGUCUGAACAUGGGCAGCCGCUUGUUCGGGCGCUGCUGGCACGCCAGGGAUGUGGUGGGCUGCAUGAUCAACAUGGAGGACAAGUCCAUGAUCUUCACCCUCAACGGAGAGAUCCUCAUCACCACCAAAGGCUCGGAGCUCUGCUUCACCGACUUUGACACGGAGGACGGGUUCAUCCCGGUCUGCAGCCUCGGCCUGUCUCAGGUGGGUCGCAUGAACCUGGGGAAGGACGCCAGCACCUUCAAGUACUACACCAUGUGUGGCCUCCAGGAGGGCUUCGAGCCCUUUGCCGUCAACAUGAACCGAGAGGUCACCAUGUGGUUCAGCAAGCGGCUGCCCACGUUCGUCAACGUGCCCAAGGCCCACAACCACAUCGCAGUGACCAGGAUCGACGGCACCGUCGACAGCCCCCCGUGUCUCAAAGUGACCCACAAGACGUUCGGCGCCCAGAACAGCAACGCGGACACGGUGUUCUGCCGCCUCAGCAUGCCGGUGGAGUUCCACUCCCACUUCAAGACCAGCCCGGCCGCAGACAUGAACGGGGUGCACGACGAGGACAACCUCAAGGUCAAACACAGGUACCCCCUGCGGUCUGUGCGGCACGGCGAGGAGAGCAGGCGGGUGGACUACAGCAGCAUCACCACGUACCAUCACUCCGUGAGGGUCUUCGCUGGCCAGGACCCCUCCUGCGUGUGGGUGGGGUGGGUGACCCCCGACUACCACUACUACAGCAACAACUUCAACCUCAGCAAGAUCCGCACCGUUACCGUGACGCUGGGCGACGAGCGAGGACGAGUCCACGAGAGCGUGAAGAGGAGUAACUGCUACAUGGUGUGGGGGGGGGACGUCACCAGCGCUGCCCACGCCUCCAGCCGCAGCAACGUGGACCUGGAGAUCGGCUGCCUCAUAGACCUGGCCACCGGCCUGGUGAGCUUCACCGUCAACGGCAGGGAGGUCUCCACCUGCUACCAGGUGGAACCAAACACCAAACUCUUCCCUGCUGUGUUUGUGCGUCCCACAAGCCCAAACCUCUUUCAGUUUGAGCUGGCUAAAAUAAAGAGUGCCAUGCCGCUCUCAUCAGCCAUUUUCAAGAGCGAGCACAAGAACCCGGUGCCCCAGUGUCCGCCGCGGCUGGACGUGCAGACCAUCAACGCGGUGCUCUGGAGCCGCAUGCCCAACACCUUCCUCAAAGUGGAAACGGCGCGGGUCAACGAGCGUCACGGCUGGGUGGUCCAGUGUGUGGAGCCUCUGCAGAUGUUGGCUGUGCACAUUCCUGAGGAGAACAGGUGUGUUGACAUCAUGGAGCUGUCUGAGCAGGAGGACCUGAGGACGUUCCACUACCACACGCUGAAGCUCUACUGUGCCCUCUGCGCUCUGGGAAACACGCGCGUGGCUCACGCCCUGUGCAGCCACCUGGACCAGUCCCAGCUCUUAUACACCAUCGACAACCAGUACCUGUCGGGGAUGCUACGCGAGGGCUUCUACAACGUCCUGAUCAGCAUCCACCUGGAGACGGCCAAGGAGGCGCGGCUCAUGAUGAAGGAGGAGUUCAUCAUCCCCGUCACGCCGGAGACGCGCUCCAUCCGCCUCUUCUCCGACGCCAACAAGAAGCACCGUCCACCGGGCGUGGGGCUCAGCACGUCCCUGAAGCCGCGCCUCAACUUCGCCCCGCCCUGCUUCAUCAACACCAAGCGGGAGCAGCAUCUGUACAGCCCCCAAAUCCCGCUGGACGCGCUGAAGGAGAAAGCCAUCGUGAUGCUGACCGAGGCCGUUCAGGGCGGAGGCCACCACAUCCGGGACCCCGUGGGGGGAAGCGUGGAGUUCCAGUUCGUGCCAAUCCUCAACCUCAUCAGCACCCUGCUCACCAUGGGCGUGCUGAGCAGCGAGGACGUCCAGAAGAUCCUCCUGCUCAUUGACCCCAAUGUUUUCAGGCAGACGCACGAGGAGGGAGCCUCAGGAUCCACAGACAAAGAAGGCCUCAAGGGGGCAGAGGGGAAGGCGGUGGAGGCGGGAGAGGAGGAGGCGGCCAAGGAGGCCAAGCAGCCAAUGAAAGGCCUGCUGGAGAAGAGGCUGCCCGAGCCCGUCAAGCGCCGGAUGUGCGAGCUGCUCCACUACUUCUGCGACUGCGAGCUGAAGCACCGCAUCGAGGCCAUCGUGUCCUUCUCCGACAGCUUCGUCUCCAAGCUGCAGCACAACCAGAAGUUCCGCUACAACGAGCUGAUGCUCGCCCUCAACAUGUCCGCCGCCGUCACUGCCAAGAAGACCAAGGAGUUCAGAUCCCCUCCCCAAGAACAGAUUAACAUGCUGCUGACCUUCAGCAUGGGUGAAGACUGUCCGUGUCCUACAAACAUCCAGGAGGAGCUGUACGAUUUCCACAACCAGCUGCAGCUCCACUGUGGAAUCCCGAUGGAGGAAGAUGAAGACGAACAGGACACAUCUAUUAAAGGUCGACUCCUAACGCUGGUGAACAAGAUCAAAGGCCAGUCCCAAAGAACCAAGGAGCCCACGGAGAAGACACAAGCUGCACCAACCAACCUGAAGGAGCUGAUCUCUCAGACGAUGGUGAGCUGGGCCCAGGAGUGUCACAUCCAGGACCCGCAGCUGGUCCGUAAGAUGUUCAGCCUGCUCAGGAGGCAGUACGACAGCAUCGGGGAGCUGCUGCGAGCCAUGAGGAAGACUUACACCAUCAGUGCGGCCUCGGUGCAGGACACCAUUAACCUCCUGGCCUCCCUGGGUCAGAUCAGGUCUCUGCUGUCUGUGCGUAUGGGAAAGGAGGAGGAGAAGCUCAUGAUUGAUGGACUGGGCGACAUCAUGAACAACAAGGUGUUCUACCAGCACCCCAACCUAAUGAGGAUCCUCGGCAUGCACGAGACUGUCAUGGAGGUCAUGGUCAACGUGCUCGGAGGAGAUAAAUCCCAGGAAAUCGCGUUCCCCAAAAUGGUGGCGAGCUGCUGUCGCUUCCUGUGCUACUUCUGCCGCAUCAGCCGUCAGAACCAAAAGGCCAUGUUCGACCAUCUUAGCUACCUGCUGGAGAACAGCAGCGUGGGUCUGGCGUCACCAGCCAUGAGGGGCUCCACUCCUCUAGAUGUGGCUGCCUCCUCGGUGAUGGACAACAACGGCCUGGCACUGGCGCUGGAGGAGCCUGAUCUUGACAAGGUGGUCACCUACCUGGCCGGCUGCGGCCUCCAGAGUUGCCCCAUGCUCCUGGCUAAAGGUUAUCCAGACAUCGGCUGGAACCCCAUUGAGGGGGAGCGUUAUCUGUCCUUCCUGCGCUUUGCUGUCUUUGUUAAUGGUGAGAGUGUGGAGGAGAACUCCAGUGUCGUGGUCAAGCUGCUCAUCCGCCGUCCGGAGUGCUUCGGGCCGGCGCUGAGGGGGGAGGGGGGCAACGGUCUGCUGGCUGCCAUGAAGGAGGCCAUCAAGAUCUCUGAGACUCCAGCGCUGGAUCUGCCAGGCUCCGUCCAGGGACUCAGCCCCGAUGUGUCUGCAGACGGCGACCACGAGGAGGAGGUGGUCCACAUGGGCAACGCCAUCAUGUCCUUCUACUCUGCCCUCAUCGACCUGUUGGGUCGUUGCGCCCCAGAGAUGCAUAUCAUCAACAAGGGAAAAGGUGAAGCUUUGCGGAUUCGAGCCAUCCUGCGCUCUCUGGUGCCCAUCGAGGACCUUGUGGGAAUAAUCAGCAUCCCACUCAAAAUGCCCGUCAUCAACAAAGAUGGUUCAGUGACAGAACCUGACAUGUCUGCCAGCUUUUGUCCGGACCACAAGGCCCCCAUGGUGCUGUUUUUGGAUCGAGUGUAUGGGAUUGAGGACCAAAGCUUUUUGCUUCACCUGCUCGAGGUGGGCUUCCUUCCUGACCUGAGGGCAGCGACGUCUCUGGAUACAGACGGAUUGUGCACCACUGAGACGGCCCUAGCCAUGAACCGCUACAUCGGCUCCGCCAUGCUCCCCCUCCUCACCCGCUGCGCCCCCCUCUUCGCCGGCACCGAGCACUACGCCACCCUCAUCGACUCCACUCUCCACACCAUCUAUCGCCUCUCCAAGGGCCGCUCGCUCACCAAGGCGCAGAGAGACGCCAUCGAAGAGUGCCUGCUGUCCGUGUGCAAGCACCUUCGCCCCUCGAUGCUGCAGCAGCUCCUGUGCCGCCUGGUCUUUGAUGUGCCCUUGCUGACCGAUUACUGCAAGAUGCCGCUGAGGCUGUUGACCAACCACUACGAACACAACUGGAAGUACUACUGCCUCCUGUCGGGCUGGGGCAGCUAUGGCACAGCCUCGGAGGAUGAGCUUCUGCUGACCAAGAAAAUCUUCUGGGGAGUCUUUGAAUCUCUGUCCCAGAGGAAAUAUGACCCGGAGCUGUUCAAGAUGGCCAUGCCUUGCCUCAGCGCCAUAGCUGGAGCCUUGCCACCGGACUACGUGGAUGCUUCCAUUAGCACCGCUGUGGAGAAGCCUGUUUCUGUCGACGCUCAGGGCAACUUUGACCCCAAACCCAUCAGUACCGCUAAUAUUUCUCUUCCAGAGAAGCUGGAGCAGUUUGCCAAUAAAUAUGCUGAGCAUUGCCACGAAAAGUGGUCUGCAGAGAAGGUGCUGCUGGGAUGGAAGUACGGAGACUGUGUGGAUGAGAAGGCCAAGACUCACCCUCAGCUCAGGACCUACAAGGCCCUGACAGAGAAGGAGAAAGAGAUUUACAGAUGGCCAAUUAGAGAGUCCCUGAGGAGUAUGCUGGCGAUGGGCUGGAGCGUUGACAGGACCAAGGAUGGAGAGAGUAUGUCUCAACAGAGGGAGAGCGAGAAAAUGAGAAAAAUAUCGCAGACCUCCCAGUCCAACGGCUUCAACCCAAGCCCGAUAGACACAAGCAACGUGAUCCUGUCCAGAGAGCUGCAAGGGAUGGUGGAGGUGGUGGCUGAGAAUUACCAUAACAUCUGGGCCAAGAAGAAGAAGAGUGACCUUGGAAGCAGAGGUGGAGGCACACACCCUCUGUUGGUGCCCUACGACACGCUGACGGCCAAGGAGAAGGCCCGGGACCGAGAGAAGGCCCAGGACCUGUUCCGCUUCCUGCAAACGAAUGGCUACAGCAUCACAAGAGGUCUGAAGGACCUGGAGCAGGAUUCCUCCUCCAUGGAGAAGAGGUUUGCCUACAAGUUCCUCAAGAAGCUGCUGAAGUACGUGGACUCAGCUCAGGAGUUCAUCAGUCACUUGGAGGCCAUGGCUGCCAGUGGGAAAACCGACCGAUCGCCUCACGAGAAAGAAAUCAAGUUUUUUGCCAAAGUCCUCCUCCCUCUUAUCGACCAGUACUUCAAAAACCACUCUCUCUACUUCCUGUCCUCCCCCAACAAGAACCUGAGCAGCAGCGGUUAUGCCUCCAACAAAGAGAAGGAGAUGGUCACCAGCCUGUUUUGUAAACUGGCAGCUCUUGUCAGACAUAGGAUUUCACUCUUUGGGAGCGACUCCACCACCAUGGUGAGCUGUCUGCACAUCCUGGCACACACGCUGGACACCAGGACGGUGAUGAAGUCGGCCUCGGAGACGGUGCGCGUGGGGCUCCGGACGUUCUUCGAGAACGCCGCGGAGGACCUGGAGAAGACGCUGGAGAACCUGAAGCUGGGGAAGUUCACUCACUCGCGCUCGCAGAUGAAAGGCGUGUCACAGAACAUCAACUACACCACGGCGGCGCUGCUCCCCAUCCUCACCGCUCUGUUCGAGCACAUCACUCAGCACCACUUUGGAGUCGACCUGCUUCUGGAUGACGUCCAGGUGUCCUGCUAUCGGAUCCUCACCAGCCUCUACGCCCUCGGCACCGGGAAGAACAUCUACGUGGAGAGGCAGCUGCCAGCUCUGGGACAGUGUCUGGCCACGCUGGCGGGGGCGCUGCCCGUCGCCUUCCUGGAGCCGCUGCUCAACAUGUACAACCCCUGCUCCGUGUUCAACACCAAGAACGGCAGAGAGCGAGCCGUUCUAGGCAUUCCCGACCGCGUGGAGGACAUGUGCCCCGGGAUGCCGCGCCUCGACAGGCUGAUGAAGGACAUCAACGACAUGUCUGAGUCUGGGGCGCGCUACACGGAGAUGCCCCACGUGAUCGAGGUGGUCCUGCCCAUGCUGUGCAACUACCUGUCGUACUGGUGGGAGAGGGGCCCUGAGAGCCAGGCGGUCAGUGGAGGCAGCGUGUGCUGCACCACCGUCACCUCGGAGCACCUCAGCCUCAUCCUGGGCAACAUCCUCAAGAUCCUCAACAACAACCUGGGCAUCGACGAGGCCUCCUGGAUGAAGCGGAUCGCAGUGUACGUGCAGCCCAUCAUCAGCAAAGCCCGCGCAGACCUCCUGAAGAGCCACUUCCUGCCCACGCUGGAGAAGCUGAAGAAGAAGACGGUGAAAGUGGUGGCGGAGGAGGAGCUGCUGAAGGCGGACAGCAAGGGGGACACACAGGAGGCCGAGCUGCUGAUCCUGGAUGAGUUCGCCGUGCUCUGCAGGGACCUGUACGCCUUCUACCCCAUGCUCAUCCGCUACGUGGACAACAACAGGUCCAGGUGGCUGAAGGAACCGGACGCUGACUCCAAUGAGCUCUUCCGAAUGGUCGCGGAGAUAUUCAUUCUCUGGUGCAAGUCGCAUAAUUUCAAAAGAGAAGAGCAGAACUUUGUGGUCCAGAAUGAAAUCAACAACCUUUCCUUUCUGACUGGAGAUAAUAAAACCAAAAUGUCCAAGUCCUUUAAGGAAAAGUCCGGAGGCCAGGACCAGGAGAGGAAGCACAAGAAGAGGCGCGGGGAGUUCUACUCCAUCCAGACGUCCCUGAUCGUGGCGGCGCUGAAGAAGAUGCUGCCCAUCGGCCUCAACAUGUGCACCCCCGGGGACCAGGAGCUCAUCUCUCUGGCUAAGACCCGCUACCUCCUGAAAGACACGGAUGACGAAGUCAAAGAGCACAUUCAGCAGAAUCUGCAUCUCAGAGAGAAGUCCGAGGACCCUGCAGUGAGGUGGCAGCUCAACCUCUAUAAGGACAUAGUGAUGAGGAGCGAGGCGCCUCCGGAUCCUGAGAGAGUGGUCGACCGCAUCCAGAGGAUCUCUGCUGCCGUCUUCAACCUGGACCAGGUGGAACAACCACUGAGGUCCAAGAAGUGCGUGUGGCAGAAGUUGCUGUCGAAGCAGAGAAAGCGAGCGGUGGUCGCCUGUUUCCGCAUGGCUCCACUUUAUAAUCUACCGAGGCACCAAAAUAAUAAUUACUUCCUGAAUUCCUACCGACAUACUUGGCUGGGGAAAAUGCAUGAGAACACAGACUAUGACAGUCUGCUCUCCAUGCUGACGAAAACGCAGUCCAAGGUGGAGGAGGAGGAGGAGGAGGAGGUGAGGAAGCAGCCGGACCCUCUUCAUCAGCUCAUCCUGCAUUUCAGCCACAACGCUCUGACAGAGUGCAGUUCUCUGGAAGAGGAUCCGUUGUAUAUUGCAUAUGCAGAUAUGAUGGCAAAGAGCUGUGCUGAAGGUGAAGAAGCAGAGGAGGAGGAAGGAAAGGAGAAAACCUUUGAGGAAAAGGAAAUGGAGAAGCAGAAGAUGCUGUAUCAGCAGGCCAGGCUUCAUGACAGAGGGGCUGCAGAGAUGGUGCUGCAGAUGAUCAGCGCCAGCAAAGGUCGACUGGGUGCGAUGGUGACCGUCACUCUCAAACUGGGCAUCUCCAUUCUUAACGGUGGGAACAUUCUGGUCCAGCAGAAAAUGUUGGAUUAUCUGAAGGAGAAAAGAGAUGUGGGCUUUUUCAAAAGUCUGUCUGGACUGAUGAUGUCCUGCAGUGUUCUGGACCUAAAUGCCUUCGAGAGGCAGAAUAAGGCUGAAGGUCUGGGGAUGGUCACUGAAGAGGGCUCAAGUUCCAAGGUUUUACAGAAUGAUGAGUUCACUAAGGAUCUCUUCAGGUUCUUGCAGCUCCUCUGUGAGGGCCACAACAACGGUGGGUGCACGCGUCCAUAUACAAGAAGGUCUCUGCUCAGUACAGGUCCAUUUAUUCCGCUGCAAACACUUGUUGUUGCAGAUUUUCAGAACUUUCUAAGGACACAGACGGGAAACACGACCACGGUCAACAUCAUCAUUAGCACAGUUGAUUACCUGCUGAGACUUCAGGAAUCCAUCAGUGACUUCUACUGGUACUACUCUGGUAAGGACAUCAUCGACGAGGCGGGUCAGAGGAACUUCUCCAAAGCUCUGUCUGUGGCGAAGCAGGUUUUCAACUCUCUGACUGAGUACAUCCAGGGUCCGUGUAUUGGGAACCAGCAGAGUCUGGCCCACUCCAGGCUGUGGGAUGCGGUGGUGGGCUUCCUGCAUGUCUUUGCCAACAUGCAGAUGAAGUUAUCGCAGGACUCCAGCCAGAUUGAAUUAUUGAAGGAGCUACUGGACCUGCAGAAGGACAUGAUCGUCAUGAUGCUCUCUCUGCUUGAAGGUAACGUUGUAAAUGGAACCAUUGGCAAACAGAUGGUGGACACGCUGGUGGAGUCGUCCAGCAACGUGGAGAUGAUCCUCAAGUUCUUUGACAUGUUCCUCAAACUGAAGGACUUGACGACGUCGGACAGCUUCAAGGAUUACGACCCCGAGAGCAAGGGGGUCAUCUCCAAGAAGGAUUUUCAGAAGUCCAUGGAGAACCAGAAGCAGUACUCGCAGUCUGAGAUCGAGUUCCUCCUCUCCUGCGCCGAGGCUGAUGAGAACGACAUGUUCAGCUACGAGCAGUUUGUAGAGCGCUUCCACGAACCAGCCAAGGACAUUGGCUUCAAUGUAGCUGUGCUGUUGACCAACCUGUCGGAGCACAUGCCCCACGACGCCCGCCUCUCCGCGUUCCUCAACCUGGCCGAGAGCGUCCUUUCCUACUUUGAACCCUUUUUGGGUCGCAUCGAGAUCAUGGGUGGAGCCAAGCGCAUCGAAAGAGUGUACUUUGAGAUCAGCGAAUCCAGCCGGACCCAGUGGGAAAAGCCUCAGGUGAAGGAGUCCAAGCGACAGUUCAUCUUUGACGUGGUCAACGAAGGCGGCGAGAGCGAGAAGAUGGAGCUCUUCGUCAACUUCUGUGAAGACACCAUCUUUGAGAUGCAGCUAGCGUCCCAGAUUUCAGAACCAGACCCGGUGGAGCGCCCAGAGGAGGACGAAGAGGACGUCCAGAGUGUGGUGGAGAACCAAGAGGAGGAAGAGGAGGAGACAGUGAUGCUGGAGUCGUCCUCUGCCUUCACCGUCGCCUGUAUCUCCAUGAAGAAAAGCCUCUGUCACUUCCGUCAGAUGCUGACUCUCAAGAGCAUGAGGCGGCAAUACAGGAAACUCAGGAAGAUGAGCCUGAAGGAGAUGGUGCGCGGCUUCUUCACCUUCUUCUGGAUGAUCAUCACAGGGCUCUUUUACUUUGUCUACGGCCUAGUUUGGGGAUUCUUCCACAUUCUGUGGACCACCAUGUUCGGCGGUGGCCUCGUCGAAGGCGCUAAGAACAUGAAGGUGACAGACAUUUUGGGAAACAUGCCGGACCCCACGCAGUUCGGCAUCCACGGAGACGUAUUAGAGGCGGAAAAGAUGGAGGCAAAUGAGGCGUCUGCGUUGGCCGAGAUGGGCCAGAUGGCUCAGGGAGACGCAGCCGAGGCCGACCUCAUGGCAGAGUUGCUCAACAUCCAGCCCAAGAAGGAGGGAAAGCACGGGACGGAGCCAGGACUGGGGGACGUGUCCGAGGUGGUGGUGGGGGAUGCUCCCUCCAUCGCCAGCGCUGUCAAGCAGAAGAAGGCGCAGAUGGCGGCCAAGAAGAGGGCUGCAAAUGGAGACUACAAGUCGGACUCAGAGAAAGGAGACUCAGAAGAUGGUGAGAAGAAGGACAACGACAAGGCCAAAGACGAGGCUCCACCAGAGCCGGCGGUGAAAGAGAAGAAGGCCCCGAAGAAGAGGCUUGGGCAGAAGAAGGAGCUGCCCGAGGCCUUCAUGGCCAGCUUCUUCGCCGGCCUGGAAGUCUACCAGACCAAGAUGCUGAACUACCUGGCCAGGAAUUUCUACAACCUGCGAUUUCUGGCACUUUUUGUGGCCUUUGCCAUCAACUUCAUUCUUCUCUUCUACAAAGUGACGGGGGAUUACUCUGACGAUGAGGACCCCUGGAACGGUCAGAGCAGAGUCGGGGAGGAGGAGGACGACGGAGCGCUGGAGUACUUUGUCCUGCAGGAGAGCACAGGCUACAUGGCACCAACGCUCCGCUGCCUGGCAAUACUACACACCAUCAUCUCCUUCCUGUGCGUCGUGGGUUACUACUAUCUGAAGGUGCCUCUGGUGGUGUUCAAGCGGGAGAAGGAGAUCGCGAGGAAGCUGGAGUUUGCUGGACUCUAUAUCACAGAGCAGCCAUCUGAUGAUGACAUCAAGGGCCAGUGGGACAGACUGGUCAUUAACACACCGUCCUUCCCGAACAACUACUGGGACAAAUUUGUCAAACGCAAAGUGAUUAAGAAGUACGGGGACCUGUACGGAGCCGAGCGCAUAGCAGAGCUGCUGGGCUUGGACAAGAGUGCCCUGGACUUCAACCCCACAGAGGAAGCCGUCGCCAAGGAGGCUUCGCUGGUGUCGUGGUUGAGCUCGGUCGAUACCAAGUACCACGUCUGGAAAAUGGGAGUGGUGUUUACAGACAAUUCCUUCCUGUAUCUGGUGUGGUACACCACCAUGUCCAUUCUGGGCCACUACAAUAACUUCUUCUUCGCUGCCCACCUGUUGGACAUCGCCAUGGGCUUCAAGACCCUCCGCACCAUCCUGUCCUCUGUCACUCACAACGGCAAACAGCUGGUGUUGACGGUGGGCCUGCUGGCAGUCGUGGUCUAUCUCUACACUGUGGUGGCCUUUAACUUCUUCAGGAAGUUCUACAACAAGAGCCAGGAUGACGAUGAGCCGGACAUGAAGUGUGACGACAUGAUGACUUGUUAUCUGUUCCACAUGUACGUUGGGGUGAGAGCGGGCGGAGGCAUCGGGGACGAGAUCGAGGACCCGGCCGGAGACCCUUAUGAGCUGUACCGCAUACUGUUUGACAUCACCUUCUUCUUCUUUGUCAUCGUUAUUCUGCUGGCCAUCAUUCAAGGUUUGAUCAUCGAUGCCUUUGGAGAACUGAGAGACCAGCAGGAACAAGUCAAAGAAGACAUGGAGACCAAAUGCUUCAUUUGUGGCAUCGGCAACGACUACUUCGACACGACGCCCCACGGCUUCGAAACUCACACCUUACAAGAGCACAACUUGGCCAACUACCUGUUUUUCCUGAUGUACCUCAUCAACAAGGAUGAGACGGAGCAUACUGGUCAGGAGUCCUACGUGUGGAAGAUGUACCAGGAGCGAUGCUGGGACUUCUUCCCAGCCGGAGAUUGCUUCCGCAAGCAGUAUGAAGAUCAGCUUGGCUAGAUCAGCCUCUUCCCUUCAUGUGUAAUGACUAGAUGCUAGAAAAUGUAGCUCUACGUGCACCAAACAUCCCAGCCGUGCUUUAGUCUGGCCUGGGGAGACACGCGGCAAAACCUUUUUUAUUCAACCAAGCAAGAGGGAACUUCCACCCGUAUUGGACGCACCCACGCCCGGUUCAGGCUUUUUUUAGUUUUGGGACUUGUUCUGACAGAGUGUUGCCUUUUCCUCCACGUAACCCCGAAACAUUGCACAACAGAUCUUUAGUCUUUUGAGGAACCACCGGGUUGUGUGGGGCUUCGGGACAACGUGUCAGUCAUGUUAUGCACAAGAACCCGACUUGAAUAUUUUGAGAAUUGAGACUUAAUGCCAAAAGCAAAGCAGAGGACUCUAGUAGAUUAAUGUAAUGUGCAAAAAGUGUGGUACUGUAUGGAGUUGUUAGUUUUAUUCAGAUGUUGUAACUGCUCAUAGUGAGAUGAAGUUUAGAAUGACGUGGCAAAAAGGUCCCUAGUGUCGGCUGCAACACGCCUACAUGUCAUCAUGAAGUGCCUUACACUACUGUAUCUACAUUACAAUGAAGCUAUGCAAAAGCCUUGUUUUUCUUUAUUGUAAGUACGUACAGUAAAUCUCCUGGAGCAGUGACUUGUAGCUGUCCAGAUACAGUAUGUAGUUUGUCAUUCGACAUGGAAGAACUGCACUGGUUGGAUCUACUGCAAAACUCAAGAUGAACCAUCAGACCAGAGCUAAAGUUAAACUGCUGUUGUAUGGCCAUUUGUAUGUAGUAGCUUUGCUGAUCUGUGCAUUUCUUUUGAUGGAAAAAAUAAAGAAAUAUCGAUGCAAGACA